GGAGGGGGGCAGAGAGUAGAAGGAGUAUAAAAGAGAGAGCAGCUCACUGUGUUCCAAACUCAGAGGAUCUCAGAGAGCGAUACUGAAACUGAAAAGCCAUUCAGCUGAUAUAAAGCUCAAUCAGAAGACUUAAAAAUGGAAGUAGAUAAGAAGAGUCUGCAGACUGAGAAGACCCAGAUCACAGACUGUGAUCUGUCCGAGCAGAUAAAAGCAGCGACUAAAGAAAGCCACAGCCGAGCUGAGAACACGCAGCUGAUGCUGGCCUACCAGAGGGGACAGGUCACUCUGCCACAGUAUAAGCUGCUGCUGUGUUCUCUGUAUAAGAUCUACGAGGCUCUGGAAGAGGAACUGGACAGGAACUGCUCACAUGAUGGUGUUGCACCGAUUUACUUCCCCCAGGAACUGGCCAGGCUGGAGUCCCUCAAGAAGGACCUGGAGCAUUUCUAUGGUCAGAACUGGAGAGAGCAGCUUGUUGUACCAGCCGCUACACUGAGAUACGCUCAGAGACUGAGAGAGAUUGGUAAGGAUUAUCCUGAGUACCUGGUGGCUCACGCUUACACUCGUUACCUUGGCGACCUGUCAGGUGGCCAGGUGUUGGGCCGCAUUACCCAGAAGUCUUUGGGGCUGAAGAGCGGAGAGGGCUUGGCGUUCUUCACGUUCCCAGCCGUGAGCAGCCCGAAUUUGUUCAAGCAGCUGUACAGGAGCAGAAUGAACAGCAUUGAGCUGACGGGGGAGCAGAGAGAGGGCGUGCUGCAGGAGGCCAUCAGAGCCUUCCAGUUCAACAUCGAGGUGUUUGAUGAACUACAGAACUUGCUGAGCAUCUCAGAGACGAACGAGCUCAGGCAGAGACACAAAACGCCCAGCACAAAGACUCCAGAAGCCAAAUCAGCCCAGAGUUUGCACCUGUCCCCCUAUCUGGCCUCCAGCUCUCAGCUGCUCAGGAUGCUCCUCGGAGUGUGCGUAGCUCUGGCAGUCGGCAUGGGAAUCUAUGCAUUUUAAUCACACUCAGCUUCUGGCUGUGCCACAUGUAAAGUACUGUAUACUAUGUUAAUGGUUAUUGUAGAUAAACUGUACAGUUACCCGCUGACUGGCGGUGGGUGAAGCUUUCCAGGAGCUCCAGGAUCAGGAGUCAUCUUUGUACAAUUCCAGCCUGAUGCAAUUGUCUCAAAUGCACUUUUAACAAGACGUGGACCCCAGUUUAAUACUUUUUCAACAUGCCCUCACCAACUUCGCCUCACCACCAAGAAGCAUGUCACACCUGUGCUACACAAGCGGCCUUUCACAGCAGAAGGGGAGGAGGGGAACACCCUCACCCGUGGCUACGUUAGCCUAAGUUAGCCAUACAAACGUUGUAAUGCAAAACCUUUUUUUGAGGAGUUUGAACAUAACCUACAUAAAUUUAGUGAAUUAUUUUCUUUUUCUGCCUGUAAGUUUGGUUUGAAAUCAUGCUGCACUGCCUUACUUCUCUGUAACUGCUAGCUGUGUAGCCUUUAGCGUUAGCAAGUUAGCAAGUUUGCUGACUGAAACCCAGUGUGAACAUAGCAGCUUGAAUAUUAUGAUUUAGAAAUAUGAAGCGUUUUAACGUGUUUUAUUGCUAUGGCUUAUGAACAGCUUUGUCCACCAAGUUUUUGGGGUUUGAAAAGGGAAAUGUGUGAUUUCUGGGCAGGUUUCUCAGUCCCUCACCCUUCUGUAGGCAGUACUCAAGCUAAUAAAGUAAAGGAAUGGCCAUAAGAUGGCUGAAAUGGUGGGGCCAGGUGGACGAUGGCAUGCUUUAGAAUGGGGUCAGAUUGUGUAUACUCUGUGUAGUUGUUAGCAAAGAUUUUUUUAUCAGUUUGUUCUCUGAUUAUCAAUCCUGCACUUUCUUAAUGAAGAGCUCAGUAACGAAACUGGGCUGAGAGGUAAUAUGCACUUGUUACUGUAUUAUGGUAUGAUACAGAUAGUUUUCUGUACUGGAUAUAGAAGUGUGUGAAUGUGUACGGUUAUAAGAAGGCCUAUUGUGGUGUGCAUUAUUACAUAACAGAUAAAUGCAAUUUCAGUAAUGUGCAUUUUGAAAUGAUGUAAAUCUUGAAUACCUGUACAUUUUUUGAUAGACAUACAUAUUUGCCUUUUUUUAAGAAAAUAAAAGAUUAAAGCAAAGUAAAACUU